CCGGCCGUGCAUCCGGGGCUACGGCGGAACUACCGCUCCCAGCGAGCCGGGCCGGGAGCGGGCUGGGCCGCGCCGUGCCCGGCGGGGCGCAGCAUGGAGAGCCCGGCGGUGACCUUCACGCUGGCCUAUGUGGUGUUCGCCGUAUGCUUCGUCUUCCCGCCCGACGAGGUGCGCUCGGCGGGGCUGACAGUGCAGAGCCUGCUGGCCGCAUGGCUGGGCAGCGAGGACGCGGCCUUCGUGCAGUACCAUCUGCGGCGCAGCACCGGCACGCUGCUGGCGCACUCCCUCCUGCCCCUCGGUUAUUACCUUGGUAUGUGCUUUGCUGCACCCGAAAAACAUCUUUGCUUUUUCUACCUGGCUUCAAAAGGAUGGAAAACUUUCUUCUUCUUCGCUGUUCUCUUUCCAGCAGUCACCAGCGCCCUGGCAUAUUACUGGUCACGGAAAGGCUGGAAUAAUCAUCCGUUAGCGCAAACGCUCGCUAUUUAUGCUCUCCCACAGUCGGGUUGGAGGGCAGUAGCUUCUUCCAUCAAUACAGAAUUUAGAAGAAUUGACAAAUUUGCUACCGGAGCCCCAGGAGCAAGGGUGAUAGUCACGGACACAUGGGUGAUUAAAGUAACCACCUACUGUUUACAUGUUGCCCAGCAGCAGGACAUUCAUUUGACAGUGACAGACUCCAGACAGCACGAGCUCACCCCAGACUCAAAUAUGCCUGUGCAGUUCCUCACCAUCCGUGUUGCCAGUAUUAAUCCCUACGUGAAGGCAUUUGAUAUCCGGUUGAACUCUACAGAGUAUGGGGAGCUCCGAGAAAAGCUCCAUGCUCCCAUCAGCAACGCAGCUAAUGUUGUGAUCCAUCAAAGCCUUAGUGAUUUAUUUCUAGAAACCUUUACAUCUCUGGUGGAAAUUAACCAGACGUAUUCGGUUCCGAGCACGCAGGAGCUGGAGCCAUGCAUAGGGUGUAUGCAGACUAUUGCUAACAUCAAGCUCAUCAAGAACUGCCAGGAGCCAAACGAAGGGGAGUGCCAGCAGUGCUACUGUCGUCCCAUGUGGUGCCUCACCUGCAUGGGCAAGUGGUUUGCGAGCCGACAGGAUCAGCAGCGCCCGGAGACGUGGCUGUCAAGCCAAGUGCCUUGUCCGACUUGCCGAGCCAAAUUUUGCAUUUUAGAUGUUUGCAUAAUCCGAUGAGUAAUAAUUGGGUAUGUUUUAACUUUUUAAAUUUCAUUAUUUCAUAGUGGGUUCGGUUAAAAGGCCUGUUAGAUUUGUUUCUGAGACUUCAUGUCCUACAAGGGUGCAAGCUCCAAAGCUUACUUUUUACAGUGUUGAAAACAGAUGUAAAUCUUUUAAUUCCUCUCAACUUUUACCUGUUUCUUUGGGUUUUAUUCCCUAGAUGUCAGUUUCUGGUAUUUUAUUUAAUCCAGACUUCGCCUUCUUAUGUCUUGGUUGGAAUGAGGAUGUACCUUUACACUUACAGUACUGUCCUCUUUUUUAAGUUUUACCAUAGGUUAAAUUCUUUCAAUUUUUAAAUUGGGUUUUGAUUCUUUAAUAAAGGGCUAACUGAGAAAAUUACUUUGGUUAGACUUCAUUGGUACUUUUGUUCUUCAAUCAAUUUGUAAAGUUCUUAUUAAUCUUUACAAGUGUUCACUGAAUAAGUAUACCGGUUGUGUUCCUUCUGCUGCUCCCCUCCACUUAGAAGGGGGACCAUUUUCUUUAGGCUAAGGAAUUUAAUCCCUGAAGAUGUAUAACUCCCACAGUGAUCUUUUAUUCCAGUAAUCUGCUUCUACCUUAUUUUUUGAUGGAUGUAUUUAUUUCAGAUAACAGAAGGACUCGGAAACAUUCCCCAUUUACAUACACUGCUAAUGCUAUGCUUUGUUAAAUCUGUUGGUUGCUAGGAGCUGCAUAGCUUAGGGUUUCAAUGCUCUUUAGGUGAUGGACGUGGGUUUUUUAUACAUUUGAAUAGAGUGCAGCAAACAUCUGAACUAUCUAAAUACUCUGAAAGAAUGCUCAGCUGUUCCAAAGCCCGUAAGCUUUUUCUGAGGGGUAAUUUUGCCUCUAAAAUUGAUGCCAAGAUCACAAAGGUAGAAGUUGCCAUGCUAGAUGCCUGAGGAAUGACUAUCAUUAACACAAGGUUUUCGGGCUUGCAAUUCCAGGACUGAUCAUAAGCAGUAGUUGCUGUUGUUAAUAUUCAUGGGGUACUGGUGCACACUUGAUCUGAUCUGCAUGAGAAUAAUCUGAAAAUUAAAAUCAAAGCAUUUUCCAUACAUUUAAGAGAGCCUUACUCCUAGACCUGAAUGCAGUGCUUAGUCUUCUAGCUGUCCAUCACACCCUUAAAUGAACAAUUCUUUGGCAUACUGCUUGGUGGAAAGCCUCAAGCUGCUAGAGAAUGUGGGAGUUGUUACACUGACCUGUGCACUGCACGGGCUGAGAUGCAUGUAUUUGGUUACUUGGGUUGUCCCUCUUAAAGGGGUGGUAACCUCAGGCAGACAGGUGGGUCAAACAGUGAGAGGAGUAUUUUAAUGCUUUGGUCUAGGAGAGUAAAAGCUCUAAGAUCUCUCACCUGUGUAAUCAGAAGGAUCUUCUUAGUAAAUUGCCCAUGCUCUUGCAAGAAAUCCCUUUCCAGCUUUCUUGUGGGCCCCCCUUAGGUAUUGGAAAACUGCCAGUGAUUAGAUGAAAACAUCUUAAUUGCCAUGACAGGAAACUGUUUUGAGCAGGCACAAGACGCAGGAUGUUAAAAACUGCACAAGCACUGGAAGUACAAGCAUGAAAGAUUUCCUUAGUCUCAGCCCAGCCACAGGUCGUGUGGUGAACACACAAAACUGCACUCAGAGGCAGCCAGCUGGAAGAUGGUUACCAAUGUGUCUGCAAGCAUUGUUUUGGGGAGGAAUAAGAAAUUGAGAACAGAUUUGACAGCAUCAUUUGAGAUAUGUUUUAUUGUUGGUGUUUUUCAGUAAUAUGCACUUAUAAAAGUUCAAAGUGUUUGGGUUCAAGGACAUGAAUUGCUUGAGGGUGUCUCGGUUGUUACAUACUUAACAUCAACUAUGCAAUUAACUGUAGUACCUAUUAAUAAGGGUGAUUUUUCUGGUUUUCAUUACAUGUUAUUUUGGAUUGUGUAGAGUGAAAACUGGACACUGAGACUGGUAGUAUGGAUUUGUCUCUGCUUCCCAAAGAGAUCUUAGGUGACAUGUCCCUCUUCAUCAGGAUAGGAUUGAGUUCCUGAGUUUCAGACAGAUUUGUUGACAAGUCUGAAAACUAAUAAAAAGUCAAGGAGCUGCUCUGUGGUUUAAUUUAAAAUAUUUUCCAGUACUUCCGUCUGUGGGAAAGUUAUUUGGAAGUUUGAAAUGUUCUCUGCAGAGUUUUUCAACCUUGGGAAGAUUUUUACAGCGCCAGGUGGUGUGAUCAAACAUGCACCUCCUCACACACAGCAGCCUUUACAAACAAGCAUUUUGAACCCAUUACGUCUGGGGAGUUGACAUAACGUGGCACACACAGAAGGGAUGUUGUCCUUGAAACAGCUGCAGAAGAGAGGGUAGGAUUUUGGAGCUGUGGUUUUGCCACUGACAGACACGCAAUUCCUACAGCUCUUCUCAUAUUUGGAAUAAAAAUAUUUACUGUAAACAUCCAGGAAGUUAGGAUGUAAAGGCCUUGAGAAACUUGGAUAAUAGAUACAUGUAGUUGCAGAUGGUUUUAUACAAGAAAAACAGGUCUGUUUCCAGUAGUAUCUCACGUAAUAAGAGCUUUAGUCUCCUGAUUUCUUGUGCUGUGGAGUUGUUCUUUGCAGAAAUCUACUUUGAAUUAAUUGGAAGAUUUCCUUUCAGUGGAACUUUGCUUUUAUUCAUCUUACUUCUUUUGCCAGUGUAACAGUAUGACAAAGUAACAGCCAUAAAUGUAUAAUACGCUUGCAUCUUUUAAUAGUAGUGCUCUAUCCACAGAAGUGCCUGUUAAAACACAGUAAUAAUUACCAAAAUCAAAUUAUGAUUUAUGUUAAUAAUAGUGCCUGGCUUAAAUUCCUUAAAACAAGCAUUUUUUUCCCCAAGUUUAAAUUCUCAAAAUGAUCUGGCAUGCCUCCAAAGUUUGUAAGCUGCUUCUGUGUUAAAAACCCAACUUGUUAAAAAUCCAUAGUCUUAGACACAGCGGGAGGAACUGUGACCUCUCCCUGCAAAGUCAUGUGAUAUUUAUCUUGAAUAAAUCACUGAAUAUGAAAAUAAUACAGUAUAAGAAUAGACAUUUAUCUUCAUGAUAGGUUCAGAUCAUCAUCUGAAGAACCACAAAUAUGUAUAGGACUGUUUCCAGACAAGAUCCCUACUUGCAGUAACAAGAAAUACACUGUUUCUUAAACAUGAGGAUAGGGUUUAGAAUUGGUCUUUUUAUAGCACUUUUCAAAGGAAAACGAAUGAACCAAGUAAUGUGAUGGGCUAAAAUACUUUAAGAAUUUUCUUGAAUUAUCAGUGAUUUAGUGUUGCUUUUUCAGCUGUGUGUAUGCUUUUCCACAUCACUGACUUGUGGGUGGGCAAUGUUAGUAAUC